AUGGGAACAGCACUGGCCAACAGGUACAGCUUCGCAGCAACAGAUGAGGAGGGCCUGAAAAUCUCCACACUUGGGCUCCACAACGGCCACAGCUCGCCAAAUAGCCGGUUCCACUCCCCUAGUGGCACAUCCGGAGGAGAUAGGAUAUCAGGAGCCACAGGUCGUAGGAUGAACAAUUACAACGGAAAGAUCUCUACUACAGGAUCGAGCCAACUAAGAAGUCGCUUCGUCAAGAAAAAUGGGCAUUGCAACGUGGUGUUCUCUAACAUGGAGGAGAAAUCACAACGUUACCUGGCCGACAUCUUUACCACCUGCGUGGACAUCCGCUGGAGAUACUUACUACUCCUCUUCUGCUCAACCUUCAUGUCCUCCUGGAUGUUUUUUGGAAUAAUCUUCUAUUCAGUUUCCAGAGCCCAUGGGGAUUUUGAUGAGCACCCUGGAAUGAGUUCCUCUUCAGGGUUGGAAGGGAAUGGGCUUGGGGUUGGUGAAGUUGAAGGGGUGCAGAAAAAGUGGCAGCCAUGCCUCCUUCAUGUAGAGGGCUUCGUCGGAGCCUUCCUAUUCUCCGUCGAGACCCAGACCACCAUUGGUUAUGGGUGGCGCUGUGUCACUGAGGAGUGCCCUGUGGCAGUGAUCACAGUGGUGGUCCAGUCCAUAGUGGGCUGCAUCAUUGACUCCUUCAUGCUUGGCACAAUCAUGGUCAAAAUGGCACGCCCUAAGAAGAGGAACCAGACCCUGCUGUUCUCGAAAACUGCUGUGAUUUCCCUCCGCGAUGGCAAGCUGUGCCUCAUGUGGCGGGUGGGUAACCUGCGCAGGAGCCACAUCGUGGAGGCCCAUGUGCGGGCACAGCUCAUUCGACCCUACGUCACGGCAGAGGGAGAGUUUAUCCCUCUAGAGCAGAGGGAUCUCAACGUAGGCUACGACGAAGGCAUUGACCGUCUCUUCCUGGUUUCUCCUCUGGUUAUCGUCCAUGAGAUCGACGAGGACAGCCCCCUGUACACUGUGAGCCGGGCUGAUCUGGAGUCUGAUGACUUUGAGAUCGUAGUGAUCUUGGAGGGCAUGGUGGAGGCCACCGCCAUGACCACCCAGGCCCGCAGCUCCUAUCUGGCCAAGGAGAUCCUAUGGGGGCAUAGAUUUGAGCCUGUGAUCUUUGAGGACCGAACCAAGUAUCAGGUGGACUAUUCUCGCUUCCACAAGACCUACGAGGUGCCCUCCACACCCCACUGCAGCGCCAAGGAGCUCAGUGAGAUGGCCAGCCGGCCUGCCUCAUCCGCCUCCUCCCACUCACUAUUCCCAACCAGCCCCAGAAUCACCCAGCACCUCGUAACCCCCCACUCCCCCAGCGCCUUCUGCUAUGAGAAUGAGGUAGCACUGAGCUGUGGAGAGGACGAGGAUGAACUGGAUAGGCAAAAGGGAAAAGACAGGGAGGAGGAAAGGAGGAAUUCAGUUUCUGUUGACUUCCAUAAUUUGUUUCAGGACACAGCCACAAUGACAUCCGGCAGCAGCAUGCUGUGUGUUUUGGACAAUCAGAUGGAUUUUGACAUUCUACAGACGACCAUUACUCGUGAUCCACUGACAUAUAAAAGUGAGUCAGGAAUCUGAGGCAAAGGGAUGGCAUCCUCAGACCCUUCCCAAACCCUCCAUUCAUAUAUACCGAUCUGUAGGUCUUGAAGAGAGGUC